UUGUGUGUGGAGAAGCUUCGGGAGGUUUGACUCCGCGGCUAGCGAUAGCAACGUACACAAAUACGGGAGUAAUCCACUUCGGGCCUCUGCUGACUCUCCGGGACUCUACCGAAAGCUGCAGGAGGACAUAAUUUCCGCUAAACCCUCCGUUUCCCGCUACGUUCCCGCCGAGGCGAGUACCGACAGCGACACACUCCCGCUAAUCCCGUGAAGAGGGGGAGCGGCCUGCUUUUGUAGCCGGCUUCCCGGUGCAGCUCAGGCGGCUAGCCCUGUCACCAGAGCCCGGUGCUUCCGCUGGAUGAAUUUUCCCCACCGCGCCAGAACCUUGGGAGCUUCGAAAUUGUUAUUAUUUUAACAGCCGCGGCUCCUCUUUUACACAUUCCCAUCCUCGCCGAGCCGCUGCUGUCGGCGGUUCUCGCCGGAGAGGAGCCUCCGGAGCCGGGGCGGCCUGUUUUGUUUUCGAGCCGCCAUGAAUCUCUGCGAACAAUAACAACCAUAACGAGCCUGCUGGGGCUGCACCGCUGCCCGGACAGGAGCCCCGGUGCGUGAUAAUUAAUGCAUCGUGUGAGAGCAGCUCCGGACCGACGUGAAGAACCGGGGACGAGCAUGCAUGCGGACUAUGGAUUUAUCUCGGGAAAACUGCUGCAAACCGGAGCACUUUGUCACGAAAGCCCCCGUUUGAAUUCGGGAGCUGUCGCCAGUUAGCCAGCUGUGAGUCCCGUUAAAAAAAGCAGAGAAAGAGCGAUGCUUUGUCUCAUCGGAACCCCCGCAUGGUGUGAACCGAGCCGGAUGAAGACCCGUUUCUGCGCCCCUCGGUGCCUGUGAAUGCGGGCAACAGCCUCGGAUCAAAGCUCGCAGCGCCUUCAGAGCCGGGACGCCGCACGGAGGAUGGACUGGAUGUGACCGGGGAUGAGUAGCCGGGAUCGCUCCGUGAGCAUGCGGGAUUCACCGAUCUGAAGCGUCCAUCUAUGCCCUCCUCAGAGCCGCCGGACUCCCGGGAUAGAAACUGUCAUUUAACCCCACGCAGCGCGGGAGUUCGCGGGCGCGUUUGCGUUUAGACGUGUGACUUUUGGUGUUAUUCGUACAUAAUUGAACGGACAGGAACCGGACUUAAUCCACCGGGCCCAGGCAGCUGAGAUGAACCCGGUGAAUGCGACCUCUCUCUACGUGUCCGCGAGUCGUUCGGUGCUGCAGUGCGACCCCCGAGACCCCCGGGCCCUGGCGGAGCUCUGCAAGCUGCUGCCGUUUUUCCGCCAGUCCCUGUCCUGCCUGGUCUGCGGUAACCUGCUGCAGGACCCCAUCGCUCCCACCAACUCGUCAUGUCAGCAUUACGUCUGUCGAGGCUGUAAGGGUCAGAGGAUGCAGCUGAAGCCGUCCUGCAGUUGGUGCAAGGACUACUCCUGCUUCGAGGAGAACAGGCAGCUCUCUCUGCUCGUCCACUGCUACAGGAAGCUCUGCCUCUACAUCACGCAGUCGCCGCUUGCCCCGCACAUAGCCAGCGCUGCCAGCGACUCGCCGGACCUCCAGGCAAUCCUCAACGAGGGCCUGACGCUGGCCGAGAGCGAGCCGGACACGGAGGACGUUUCGGACUCAUUGUCGCAGACGGCGUCCACGUCGGGGGCGGCGAAGCCUGACGAAGCUCCGCCCACGAAGGAGCUGAAGGGCGAGGAGCCGAGUCCCGUGGGCGUCAACGGAAUGCACGACUGCAACGGCCUGGUCGGCUCGGACGCGCUGCAGCCCAUCACCAUAGAAACAGGCGGCGGCGUCGCCAAGCAGGAGAGCUUCUCGGAGGAGAUCCCGGUGUGCGUGAGUGUCACGGGCACCGGGGAGGCGGGGCUUUGUGACAUCAGCACUUUCGGGGAGGAGCUGAAACACAGUGGGGGGCCUCUGCUACUGAGCGUGGAGGAGGUGCUCAGGACUCUAGAGACGGACACGGACCCCGACCCACCGCCUGAGCCUGCCCCCCACCCAGACCGCCACCCCUCCGUACCUCAGUCCGGCCUCAACGGGCCCCACUGCCCCUCUGGACCCGACUCCUCCCGCCUCAUCCCCUCCCUCCCCCGGGAGAACAGCCCUCGUCCCCUCCUGCCUCACCCGCAGCCCUCCAUGCAGCCUCCCCCUCAGCCCUCCACCGUCGUCCCCCGUGUCCCCCUCCGCUGCCACCGCAAACGCUCCCGCUCAGAAAGUGACAGCGAGAAGGUGCAGCCCCUCCCCAUUUCCAGCCUCCUCCGGGGGCCCCCCAUCGGUGCCAACAGCUCCCCCCACCACCCCAACCCCGGUGCCACCACCAAGCAGGAGCCUAAGUUCCCUGCGGCCACGCCUCACCCCCACCUGGCCCCGGUGCCCAAUGGCGGCCCCCCCAAAGUGGGCAAGACUGUACUCGUCUCCAACAAGGCGCUUAAAAAGACUGUGGAGCACCACGGGGCCACCAAGAAGGCCUACACCAAGGCUAGGCAAGGGGCCCCCAAACCCCGGGCUCAACCACGAGACCGAGUCCCCCCACACCCCCACGCUCACCCCCUGACUCACCCACCCAGCCCCUCAAAGCCACUGUACAAGAAGCCUGUGGAGAAGAAGGGCUGCAAGUGUGGCCGGGCGACACAGAACCCCUCGGUGUUGACCUGUAGGGGGCAGCGCUGCCCCUGUUACUCCAACCGCAAGGCUUGUCUGGACUGCAUCUGCCGUGGCUGCCAGAACUCCUACAUGGCCAACGGGGAGAAGAAGCUGGAGGCGUUCGCCGUGCCGGAGAAGGCCCUGGAGCAGACCCGGCUCACGCUGGGCAUCAACCUCACCAGUAUCACCGCGGCGGCGCUCCGCAGCCCGGCGACCAGCUCCCCCGGCAACGCCCUCCUCAACGUCACCACGGCGACGGGGGCGCCAGUCACGGCCACCUUCCUGUCGGGGGCGGGGCACGACAACCGGGGCUUCGACGACUCGCUGGAGAUGCGGUUCGACUGCUGAGGCGCCGACCACCUCUCUAGCAGGUCGUCGCGCACAUUCCCCGCCCACCGGGUCGAGCCAGAACAAGGCAGCUACAGUGACAGGCGGCAGCGAGGGUCACCAGCGAUGGUCACCAGCCGAAGCCGAGGAGUCGCCCUCCGUCCAACGCCCGAAACUGCACCAGUGCUUGUGGUCUUGCAUACAGAGGAGAAGAAGGAGGAGGAGGUGGAGGAGAUGUAGCGUUACUGUAUGUGCAGAGAUUUCAUUUCAGCGGGGGGAGAGAGUUUUGGGUGUAGAGCAUGUUGUGUAGCUGAAGUCGGGAGUGUGUGUGAGUGUGUAUGAAUGAGGGCAAGGAUCCGGUUUGGAGAUUAUUAGCAAGAAUGGAGACAUCAUCAUCAUAAACAGACUGGUGUAAUUUAUAUAAAAGAAAAAACUUUUUGUACAUGGACUUAUCAGUUUCCAUUUAAGAAGACGUUUUAUGAUAUAUUUUAUAAGUUACAUUAAAAACCGAUGGAAGCCGGUGCGAGGGGGCGAGUCUGCAUUCAACCAGAAUAUUUUCACACUGGUAAAAAGACAGACAUGGCAUUUUUUUUGUAAACUCCGGGAAAUAAAUCAUAUAAACUGUAAAAAAUAAAUAAAUAAUAAUAAUAAUAAAAUAUCUGAUACCAGGAUGUGAAUUUAACACCACCAGCUGAGUUUUGAUGAUGAAUGUUUUUACUCUGUGAGCCACUUUCAAAACACCAAAUAUCAAAUAGUUGAAAAAACUAACAAAAAAAACUUCUUCCCCUGGUUUGCUGUUCCACACAUCCAGGUCGCUCUGUUAAUCGUUUGCGUGUUCUCGUAUUAAAGCACUUUUUUCCCGCUAAUCGGUUCUUACUUGUGUUAAAAGCUCUGGUUGACUGCAGGCCCUGCGCUGUUUUUCACGUGGUUUUUUUUUUUUUUUUUUGGUUUCUGGAAGCUACACACAUGCUGCUAAAUACUACAAAGGACUCAAAGAAGGAGAGCCCACCUGUUUUCCUCGUCUUUUGUUUUUAAUAAUUUUGCGUUAACAAACAUUUGCAGUAUUUAUUGGACGUCUCCUAACAUAGGUUACAUGUUGGGCCGCGGUUUUUUCGCCCGUGUUCUGCCCGUCGAGUCUGUCGAUCCGGUCUGGACUGUUUCUGUCUCGGUUAAGUUGCCGUCUUCUUCUUAGUGUUAGUUUCUGGUGUCUCCAAACAGUUGUUUGUUUGUUUUUUUUGUUCUCCCUCUGGGCAUUUAAAUACCUGUAAUAUAACUGUAACAUAUUUCCACAAAAAAGAAAGAAAAUCAAAAACUUACAAA